CCCCGCGACACCUACCCAGCAAUGGCUGACUCUCUCACCGAGGAGCAAGUCUCCGAGUUCAAGGAGGCAUUCUCGCUGUUUGACAAAGAUGGCGAUGGGCAAAUCACAACGAAGGAAUUGGGCACCGUCAUGAGGUCCCUCGGCCAGAACCCCAGCGAGUCCGAACUACAGGACAUGAUUAACGAAGUGGAUGCCGACAACAACGGCACCAUUGACUUUCCAGAGUUCCUUACCAUGAUGGCUCGCAAGAUGAAGGAUACCGACUCCGAGGAGGAAAUUCGAGAGGCUUUCAAGGUCUUCGACCGCGAUAACAACGGAUUCAUUUCCGCCGCUGAGCUACGCCACGUCAUGACGUCCAUUGGCGAGAAGUUGACCGACGACGAGGUCGACGAAAUGAUCCGAGAGGCUGACCAGGAUGGCGAUGGGAGGAUCGACUACAACGAGUUCGUGCAGCUUAUGAUGCAGAAGUAGAGUGGCGCGGGACGGUUUGGCAUGGAAUAACGACUACACACUCCUCUAUGUUGAUUUGUUUGAGGGACCUCGGCAAUGGUUAAGGGCUUAGUAUAUCCACAGAGGCACCGGAUGCUUUUGAAACUUUGAAUUCCUACCCUGGCCAACUCAUUUUGUUCCGUGUUUCGAUGUCAGAUAUCCUCAAUUCCACCUCUCUCGUG